ACACUCCGGCAACAGGAAGAAGAAGACGGAGGAGGCGGAAGUUCAAGAUGGCGAUGGACGGGAUGAUGUCCACGUCUCCGGGUCUGUCUUAUCAAACUGCGGGGGAUUUCUACCCCAGAAAGUUCGGUUCGAAGCCGGACGUGGUUCCGUCCGGGGUGACGGAGCGGAAGGUGGUUCCGCUGGAUAAACCGGAUAUGGUGUCGGUGGACGUCAUCAACAUCAAGGAGCCAGAUGUUCCCCUGCACAGGAAGAAGCACGAACACGACGCCUCCGUCCUGGGGACCAUCCAUCCCUUCAGGAAGACGCACAGAUCCGUGAUCGGGAAGCUCCUGCAGGAAUUCCAGCUGGUUUCCUCGGACAGACGGUCGUGGAGGAUCCUGCUGUUCGGAGCGCUCAACCUGCUGUGCACCGGCUGUCUGCUGAUGUGGUGCAGCUCCACCAACAGCAUGGCUUUAACUGCCUACACAUAUCUCACCAUCUUCGACCUGUUCAGUUUGAUCACCUGUCUCAUCAGCUCCUGGGUGACGAUGAAGAAGCCCAGUCAGGUCUACUCAUUCGGGUUUGAGAGGUUGGAGGUUCUGGCCGUUUUUGCCUCUACGGUCCUGGUCCAGCUGGGAGCUCUGUUCAUCCUGAAGGAGAGUGUGGAGCGCUUCGUGGAGCAGCCGGAGGUCCACACAGGGCGGCUGCUGGUCGGGACGUUCGUCGCUCUGUUCUUCAACCUGCUGACUCUGCUCUCCGUCAGGAACAAACCCUUCUCCUACGUCUCUGACGGUAAGCCCCGCCCCCUGCUCCGGUUCCGGCCCGGUUCUGUAAUCCCGCCUCCUCUGGGGACCAGAAUGAUUUAGCCUUUGUGAUAUUUUGGGGGGAUUAUGGGAGUGAGGCGGCGCCUUUCCUCUGUCAGUGAAUAAAUCGGAUGAAACCAAAUGAAACGCAGCAGCUGAUUGGUUGUCAGUAUUUUCCAGAGAAUCAUGCUGACAGCUGAUUGGUUGUCAGUGUUUUCCAGAGAAUCAUGCUGACAGCUGAUUGGUUGUCAGUGUUUUCCAGAGAAUCACGCUGACAGCUGAUUGGUUGUC